UCUCCAAUCCCAUUUUUCCUUUCCUUUUUUUUUGCUUCUUCUUCCUUCCUUCGAUGCUUUUAAUAGUUAAUGCUUAAUCCUAAUCUCUUAAUUUCUAAUCCCCUGGCCUUUGUUGCACGCCCUGCACAUCUUCUGAUUUGAUUAGGGUGCAGCUCUCUGUCUCAGAUUGGCUUUGCGACUGCAUCGCCAUAGCAGAUCCCCUCUUGUGCAGCCACCACACUGACCUUCAUCCCUUCCAUCCUGGCUGAACCUGCAGGCCCAGACCUCUCAAGCGGAACCGGACAAGUCUUCCCCUGGUUGCAGAUGGCCUGGGUCUGAGCGGCGGUGCCUGUCGUGUACUGGAGAUCAUUGACUGCGGGCCUCAACAGCUAGAUAGAGCCCGUAUAAGCAUGCUGGCCACCGCGUCCGCCACGGAGGAUGCUGGACAUUCCCAUCGUCCACCUCCUCCUCCGCUUCCCCCGUCGCCGACCUUAUCCAAUCCCGAUAUGAUCCUACCGUUCGACCGUAACGAGCGCGAUUCCUCCACUCCGUCCCCGCCGUUCAACCUCCCUCCCUUGUCCAGCCUCCAGUCCUUUUACGAGAACCGGACAGCGUCAGAUGAUGUCGGGGACCAGGCUCGAGGAAUUGCCCUCUCAUAUGGCACUCGACCCCAGAAGAUAGGCUUCUCGCGUCGCACGUGGCUGACCGAGAGUCAGGAUGCUAGUCGUCGGCUGUCGGACAUCGGGGAGGAAGACAGUAUCUCAUCGUCACCUGCGCACUCCAGGACAUUACAGUUCAUGUCGCAGGCGGGUCGGAUGACCGGCUCGCCUGUUUCGCAACGCGAGACGGCUGACGCGGAGGCUAGGGAAAUGGCGGCGUGGAGCAGCUCGUCUAGUUCGACAAUUAGUGGUGCUAGCGAUUUGUCGCAAGACGCCACUAAAGGCCGCCAGGAGAGUCGUGGUGUUGCGCAAAAUCCUUACCAGGUCACUGAAGGGGUGCGGUCUGCGAUUGAGAAUUUGGAGGGGAAUGGUUCGACGUCGAGUCUAAUGGCGACUACGGAGGAAGGCGGAUCCGGUGUGGAGCUGUCAUCGGCUGUUUUGAGCACGGAGGCUGAAAGGAUUCUAGAAAAUGCGAAAAAGCGCCUUACGCUCAUGGAGGGCAAUCUGAGUCGGGCCCGUACAUCAAUGCGCUCAUCCCCGUCGCUUUCGGCAUCGCCAACGCCAUCUGUUGGUCACCAAACGCUGGGACUUGGCCAGCCAGUCGGUGGCUUGUACCAAUCCAUCUCUCGUGCUGACCGCAGAGGCCCGAACCAGCGUCCACGUGCAACCUAUACAUCCUCGCAGGAUGCGAUCAAUAACGGACACUCUCGGGUGUACAGUGAAACCCAACUACCGUCCACAGCGCAGUCGAGUCUUCCCGCCGUUGAGCCCGACCUAUCCCGGUCGGUCAGCGCUCUAGGCUCGACUACUGCGCCGAGCCUGAAUCAUGAUGAACGAAGCUUUCGUUACGACCCGACCCGCGCAUAUCUUACCCAUCGUGCGUCCGUAUCGUCGAUGCAAAGGCCUCAGACCCGUGCCUCACCUCCAGCCUUGAAUAAGCGAGCCGCUUCCGAGUCGCCCAAAGGCUUAGGCAUUUCCCGGGAAGAACACGAAAAUGAAUACUAUGGGGUGAACGGACAUGGUGCGGCCUAUCCCACUUACGACCCUCCUUCCCGAUCUCAGUCGCAACUGCAGGUGCGGGAUCUCCAGGAUCAGAUGAAGGGCCUGCACAUCAAGAUAUCUAGCCUGAAGGUCAAAGCCCAGGAGGAUAAUCUGCGUCGACGUAGCCUGCAAAGCCUACGGACCCCGAGCCCUCUCGCCGCAGCGGAUCUGACCACAGCGGACCAGUGGUUUCCCAGUGCGGUGGACCUGAAAGAGCGUCGGAGCAACACCAAUAUCAGUGCUGGGAAUGGGCGGGCUGCUGGGUAUACUCAAGACAAUCGGUACAGCGGCGACUAUGGCGGCGCGAGGUAUGAGUCUGAGGCGGGGGCUGGCCGUUACACAAAGCGAGAGCCGGCUUAUCAACCGGCGUCGCAUGCUGACCCGGCCCAUCGGGCCUACGAAUCUAGAGACCAUGAUGAUGGGCAAUCGGAGGCUGGAACUCUCUAUGAGGACGCAGAGGAGGGUGAAUACGAGCUUGACAGUCCCUCGAAUCCCGAGUUUGACCGCCAGGCCUUGAAUGAAAUGUUGCGCGAGCCCGUGGACGAGGAGUUUGAUGAUUCGUUGGAGUCUUUCCCAGCGGUGCCUCAAAGCCUUGAGGAUACGCCUCAUGAGGAACGGGAGGAUGCUUUUGACUAUGAGAAUUUUAUUUUGCAUAGUGCUCUGGGUAACUACACGCAGGCUCGACUGCGACGGGAGAGCAAUGUUUCGACCUCGUCGGUGGAAACCACGCGGCCAAUUGACCACCACGCCGCCCGCCACUCACGGGCCAACAGUACAACUUCCCUGUCCACCGUGGCGACAUUUGCAACGGCUACUGAAGGCGAUCGCGAUGAUCUUGAGAGUGUCCUUUACUGGGACCGGAAGUUCAAUGAUGAACUGCGCAACAACCAUCCUUCCGAUGUGGACAUGAGAGAGUCGAAUGGCACUGAUCCAGACGCCCAAGGAACUCCCCGCGCCAUGCGCCGGCAACCCAGUCGCCGGAAUCAAGGUAGCCUCUUUCCCGACGCCGGACUGGCUCCGCGGCGAUCCGAUUCUGCAACCACCGGGUCUACCACGCCAACUUCUCUGGUGUCCUCUCUUGUGUCUACUGUGCGCGCAGCAUCUAGCCCUCACCCGAGUGCGACAGCGAAGGGAAACAUGGGAUUAAACGAUGACGAUACACGUCUCUUGGAGCAGCUGUUCCAGAGUCUGGGGAAUGUUUGUUUGGAUUUGCAGAACAUCACCACCUCGGAGAAUCCGGAUUUCAAAGAGGUGCGAUUGCUGAGGCGGCGGUUGGAUGCGGCGCGACGCGUGCUUGAUGGGGAGCUGGAUACGUAGAUGUAAAUAACUGUGCUUGUGGCGUUUGUUGAUGAGGCAGUCUGGGCGAAAGCCUUUGCUAUGAUACCCCGACUUUCGAUUUAGCCAUUGCAUGGACUUGUUUAUGUGUGUAUAUAGUUCAUUGAACUGCAUUGAUACCAACAACAU